CUCAGCGUCUUUCUUGGAGCACUCGAUAGUACAAUUGUCGCAACCUUGAGUUCUUCAAUAGCUUCCUCGUUCUCAGCUGCGAAUGAGGUCUCUUGGCUAGCAACAUCGUAUCUCCUCUCACUUUCAGCCACAUCAGCUUUAUAUGGUCGUCUUUCAAAUUUAGUUGGUCGACGUUUAUCACUUUUUAUAGCUCUCACCCUAUUCACCAUCGGAACUAUAGCAUGCGGACUUUCUACUUCCAUGAAUUCCUUCAUCCUCGCUCGUUUUGUGGCUGGUAUGGGCGGUGGUGGGGUUAUGACCACUAGCAGCAUCAUCGCGUCUGAUCUUGUACCGCUCAAUCGAAGAGGAGUGGUUCAAGGACUUGCAAAUAUCUGUUUCGGGGCUGGUGCCGCCUUAGGUGCACCUUUGGGUGGAUGGCUUGCAGAUGGGCUAGGUUGGAGGUACGCUUUCAUAGUCCAGGUACCAGUCCUCGUUCUUGCAAUGGGAAUGGUGGCAUAUCUCAUCGAUUAUCGCUGUGAAGGUGAGGCAGUCGAUAAAGCGGAAUUGAUCCGCCGGAUUGAUUGGUGGGGAAGCUUGACUUUAGUACUAUGGGUCAGUUUUCCUCUUUCGUGUUUUUGGACAGAUCCUCGAGUUUAUCUCACACUACUCUCCUUUAUUUGCUUCUUCGUGGUCUUUGUCUACAUUGAGGCUCGAGUAGCUUCUGAACCCGUACUACCGAUCAAGUUACUCAAGCUUAAGUCACCAUCCUCAAUUGCUUGUACAUUUUUCUUGAUCAGUGUACUAUACAUGUACCCCAUGUACCUCGAAACCGUUGCAUCUCAAACAUCCUCUCAAGCAGGCCUUCAUCUGGUCCCGAAUUCCAUUGCCAUAGCCUUUGGGUCUCUCCUAGCAGGGCUCAUGAUCCGGCUCACUUCUCGGCAUAGAACACCCACUAUAAUUGGUACAGUCGUAUUUGGAACUGGUUCAGCUAUCAUGGUCGCGAGUGGGUUGCAACAAGCAUGGGCACAAUGGAUUGCCAUCGUUCCAAUCGGAUUUGGGUUUGCAUGGGUUGCUACUUCCUUGCUCGUUGGCUUGAUGACUUCAGUCUCGACUGAAGAAAUGGCAAUCGCCACAGCACUCACCUACCUCUUUCGGUAUACUGGACAAGUAGUAGGAGUCGCAAUUAGUGGAGCAAUCCUACAGAAUGUAUUAGUGCGAGAACUUCAUGCAAGGAUUACUGGACCUGGAUCCCUUGAGAUCAUUGAUAAGAUUAGAAAACAAUCAUCUAUUGUUUCUCAUUUACCAACUGAAACUUUGAGACUUAUUGCUAAAGAAAGUUAUUCAAAAGGGUUGAUGAAAGUUUUUGAAUGGAAUUUAAUUCUUUCUGGUCUUGCGAUUUUGACUACCUUCUUUAUUGAUGAAUCUACAGUAGAAAGGUGA